CACACUCUCCUAUCAAACUACAUCUUACACACCCUUCGUCCUUCGUCCUCAUAUGCUCCCAGAAUCGACGAGAAUGACAAAGACCAAGCCUGGCGACGCCAAAGAACCCACCACGACAUUCACCCUCCGUAAUCCUCCGUAUUCAUACUUCCACCUCCGCCUCCACGCCAUGCCGCCCCAAGCUGACCAGUCACUGGACGAAAUCACCUUGCGCUCAUAUCUCACAGCAGCGCUUCAGCAGUACCUCGGACUCACCGGCGCUGCCAUUCCCGUGGACAUCCUGAAAGUGGAGAGUCCCAAUGCCUGGAUCCGUGUCCCCUGCGACGAUGAGGUCGCUGUGACAGCCGCGGUGAGUCAGUGGGUCGGAUCCAAGGGCGUGAGUCUCGGCAUUGAGGCGCGAGGGUCGUGGUUGGGUGGUGUCGUUGCGAAGGGGGCGACCAAGGGGUUGUGGAGUUUGGGAGGAUGAAAGGAUAACGCUUGUUGAGAAAGCACGACGAAACCUCCACCGGAUGGACCUCUGGUUUUGAUGCACGUCAUGUCUACAUGCAAGCUACGUCCGCCUUCUAAGCUCUGGGGGAUACGCGGCCAGCGCAGCUCGCAGGGGGAUUUCAUCCGAGUCGCUGUCAUCGUCGUCAUCGUCGAGCUUCUUCGCCGCAGAGACGUCGGUCCUUGACUGGCUCUUCCGACACAACCACCCAAAGGUCUUUCGAGGCUCUGCUGUGUCAGUGUUAGCGAAGGUGGACCG